UGCUACUGCCGUAAAUGUUACCUUUUCGCCGGGGAGGUCAUUGAAGAAGGAGAGCUUCGAGGCCCUGAGUGUACUCUCAGCAGCUAUGCUCCGCUUGUGCCUGAGGCUCCGCGGCCCUGUCCGCUCAGUCUUGUCGGUUCGGGGACAAGCUAAUCCAGCUUCGCGUCUGCGGAGGUAUCACGCGGGCCCCACCAACAGACUGAGAGCUCUCCUUGGGAAUCCAGCAACCUCCCCUGUUCCUAAAGGAGUGGAAAGGCUGAAAACGGCUAACGGCAGGAGAUGGUACAGCCUGCCCCCCCACCAGAAGGUGCCUUUGCCAGCGCUGUCCCCGACAAUGCAGAUGGGAACGAUCGCUCGCUGGGAAAAGAAAGACGGAGAAAAGAUUAACGAAGGGGACCUUAUUGCGGAGGUGGAGACGGACAAGGCCACAGUUGGAUUCGAGAGUCUGGAGGAAUGUUACAUGGCCAAAAUUCUGGUGCCGGAAGGAACACGAGAUGUCCCCAUUGGCUCAAUCAUUUGCAUCACAGUCGACAAGCCAGAGUUCAUCGAAGCCUUUAAAAACUAUACCUUGGAUUCGGCUGCCGCAGCUGCUCCUGUGCCACCUCCUGCCACAGCUCAGACCCCACAGCCUGCAGUCCAAGCCCCCGGCAGUACAUAUCCUACUCACAUGAAGAUUGUUCUGCCGGCCCUCUCGCCAACAAUGACCAUGGGCACCGUUCAGAAGUGGGAGAAGAAGGUCGGGGAGAAGCUGAGCGAAGGAGACCUUCUGGCUGAAAUUGAGACUGACAAAGCCACGAUAGGUUUUGAGGUGCAGGAAGAAGGAUAUUUGGCCAAAAUCCUUGUGCCUGAAGGGACUCGAGAUGUUCCUCUAGGGACCCCUCUGUGUAUCAUAGUGGAGAAGGAAUCUGACAUCGCCACCUUUGUGGAUUACAAAGAGUCUGCUGCAGUAGUCGACAUUAAACCCCAGCCAGCACCUUCUGCUCCGGCCGGAGGACCACCACCUCCACAACCUCCCCCUGUGACGGCUCCUCUGCCUUCUGCGAAGCCCAGCACAGCUCCCGCCAAGGGAAGGGUGUUUGUGAGCCCGCUGGCCAAAAAACUAGCAGCAGAAAAAGGCAUAGACCUCAAGCAAGUGAGAGGUACCGGGCCAGAUGGAAGGGUUACCAAGAAAGAUAUUGAUUCCUUUGUCCCUCCUAAAGAUGCUCCUGUUGCAGCUACAGAACCAGCUCCUGCGGUUACUACACCAGCACCAGCCGUGGCAGCCGUUCCUACCGGCGUCUUCACAGACAUCCCCAUUAGCAAUAUCCGAAGGGUAAUUGCCCAGCGCCUCAUGCAAUCCAAACAAACGAUACCUCACUACUAUCUCUCCAUUGAUAUAAACAUGGGAGAAGUCGUACAACUAAGGAAAGAGCUAAACGAGGUUGUCAAGUCUGAAAACAUUAAGCUUUCUGUCAAUGAUUUCAUCAUUAAGGCCUCAGCCUUGGCGUGUCUCAAAGUGCCAGAGGCCAACUCCUCUUGGAUGGACACUGUCAUUAGACAGAAUCAUGUGGUGGAUGUGAACGUGGCGGUGAGCACUCCAGCUGGUCUGAUCACCCCCAUAGUGUUCAAUGCACAUGUAAAGGGGCUGGCUAACAUCAGCACCGACGUGGCAUCCUUGGCCAACCGUGCCCGUGAAGGAAAACUUAAGCCUCACGAAUUCCAGGGUGGAACUUUUACAGUUUCCAAUCUGGGGAUGUACGGAAUCAAAAACUUUUCGGCCAUAAUCAACCCUCCCCAGGCCUGUAUUCUUGCCGUGGGAGCUUCUGAGAACAAGCUGGUACCAGCAGACAAUGAAAAAGGUUUUGAUGUUGCCAACGUGAUGUCUGUCACUUUGAGCUGUGAUCACCGCGUUGUGGAUGGAGCUGUUGGCGCUCAGUGGCUCGCUGAAUUCAAAAAGUUCUUGGAGAAGCCGACCACCAUGCUGCUAUAGAACAAGAUUACAGACCUGUCACGUUCCUUGGGCCCUCUGUUGUAUCCAGACAAGCUAUUUAUGUACCCUCUGCAUCUCAAGACUCCUCUGAUACGCGUAUAAAUUCUUCUUAAUUUAAAAGAACAACGGAAAAACUUUUUUUUAUUCUACAUUCUGUACAGAUAACCAGUGUUCCACUCCGAUAAAUGUUACCUUUUCGUAGGACUGUGAACCACGGUGCCGGGUGCUUCAGCGACGUUAUGUCUAAAAGGUCAGAUUUCCCAUAGAUGGUUUUAAGUCAUGUCAUGACACGCUAGAACAGCAGAUAAAAAUAGAAUAUAUAUGUGUAAAUCUCAACGUGGUCUGUGUAUUUUCUGAUCAAUUCGUAAAUAUGUAUUUGCACACCUAAAAUAUGUAUUGGGGACAUUUUUACAAUGAUUUGCGCAGGUUAUUUUCUUACAUCCGUGCUUUUAAGUGAAAUACUCAAAUAAGUGAAUUGAUACGCCACAAGCAACUGGCUACACGUACAUCCUUCUUACACGACCGCUUUGAAAAACGAUGGCCUUCUAUUAUCAAGUGCAGGUUACCGUGGAUUUGUACCGCAGUUCCACUAAAACAAUGUAAUUUCGGGUAAUUUCAGGUCACUGGGUGACACGCCUGUGCUCAAGCAGGAAUAUCGAUUUAAAGCCUAUACUUUUAGAUAAGCCCAGAGCUGCAUAGCAUUAUUCAUACUGUUAUUUGACUGGAGGGAGCUGCGGACUUUGUUUCAAAUACUCAGACAACGUUCCAGGCGAGAUGCAGGCAAUAAUGAACUAAAAUGGGAAGCAGGUUUGAUAUAGGAAAGGUAGACGCACUUAACGUAACUCCUUUACACGUAUGUUUUUGAUAAUAUGGAGAUGAAGAACAAAUUGUGACAUAGCUGUUGGUUUAUAAACUUCCAUGCCCAAGGCUAAAUGUAUAUUGCAAUUGUUUUUCCCACCGAACAAGUUUAGUAUAUAUAUUUAUUUACCAGGGAAAUAAAUCUGUUACACGUGUUUUACUCUCUAUGCUAUUGGACAAAUUACCCAAGUCACUAUGUAACAAAUGUUUAUUUGAGAUUUUUUUGUCUUACAUUAGUAAAAAAAAAACGACAAAUAUAAAUAUUACUGGAAAACUGUGCAAAAAAUGAACAUCUAAAUAAAGCAUUUCUAUUUGAGAUGGUAAGAGGCCCUAAGUACUGUUUGUCUACAUUGGUGGUUUCAGCUGGUCUGUGUUUUUAUGCAUAUGGAAAUUCAUUUCUGUAGAUUAUACGAGAUGAACCGCUUCAUUGUGAAAAAUAAAAGCUCGUUUUAUUCCCUGCA